AUGUCUGAUUUGCAAAGUCAAGAGCCAAGCAUUGUUAUCAAUGGGGAUAUCCAAGAGGAACCAAUGGAUAACUAUGAACAAGAAUUUGGAAAUGAAGGUGAAGACCAAAUCACCGACGAAGUGAAGCCUAAGAAGACUGUUACUUUCAGUGGUGUCGAUGAUGCUGAAGCUGAAGAAGAACGUAGAAAAAAGGAAUUCGAAGAAGGUGGUGGUCUUCCUGAGCAACCUACCAACCCUGACUUCUCUAAGUUGAACCCUCUAUCACCAGAAAUUAUUAACAGACAAGCCACUAUUAACAUUGGUACCAUUGGUCAUGUCGCUCAUGGUAAGUCUACUGUCGUUAGAGCUAUUUCCGGUGUGCAAACCGUUCGUUUCAAGGAUGAAUUAGAACGUAAUAUUACCAUCAAGUUGGGUUACGCUAACGCUAAGAUUUACAAGCUUGAUGAUCCAAACUGUCCUGAACCAGACUGUUAUAAGUCCUUUAGAUCUGAUAAAGAAGUUGAGCCAAAGUGUGAUCUACCAGGUUACAGCGGUCGUUAUAAGCUAGUUCGUCAUGUUUCAUUCGUUGAUUGUCCAGGGCACGAUAUUUUAAUGUCUACCAUGUUGUCAGGUGCCGCAGUUAUGGAUGCUGCUCUAUUAUUGAUUGCUGGUAAUGAAUCAUGUCCUCAACCACAAACUUCCGAACAUUUAGCUGCUAUUGAAAUCAUGAAGUUGAAGCACGUCAUUAUUCUUCAAAACAAGGUGGAUCUAAUGAGAGAAGACUCCGCUCUAGAGCAUCAAAAAUCUAUUUUGAAGUUUAUCAGAGGUACUAUUGCCGAUGGUGCACCAAUUGUUCCAAUUUCUGCUCAAUUGAAGUACAAUAUUGAUGCCGUUAACGAAUUUAUCGUUAAGAGUAUCCCAGUUCCACAAAGAGACUUCUUAGCAUCUCCAAGAUUGAUCGUCAUCCGUUCUUUUGACGUCAACAAGCCAGGUGCAGAAAUUGAUGAUUUGAAGGGUGGUGUCGCAGGUGGUUCUAUCUUGACUGGUGUUUUCAAACUAGGUGACGAAAUCGAAAUUAGACCAGGUAUAGUUACUAAGGACGAUCAAGGUAAGAUACAAUGUAAACCUAUCUUCUCCAACAUUGUCUCUCUAUUCGCAGAACACAAUGAUCUAAAAUUUGCAGUUCCAGGUGGUUUAAUUGGUGUCGGUACCAAGGUUGAUCCAACACUUUGUAGAGCUGAUCGUCUUGUGGGUCAAGUUGUGGGUGCUAAGGGUCAUUUGCCUUCUAUCUAUGCGGACAUUGAAAUUAACUACUUCCUAUUGCGUCGUCUAUUAGGUGUCAAGACUGAUGGUCAAAAGCAAGCUAAGGUUAGAAAAUUAGAACCUAAUGAAGUGUUAAUGGUUAACAUUGGUUCUACUGCUACAGGUGCCCGUGUUAUUGCUGUGAAGGCCGAUAUGGCAAGAUUACAAUUGACUUCCCCUGCAUGUACAGAAGUUAAUGAAAAGAUUGCAUUGUCUAGACGUAUCGAAAAGCAUUGGCGUUUGAUUGGUUGGGCUACUAUCAAGAAGGGUACUACUCUUGAGCCAAUCGCUUAA